CAAGGAGCGCAGGUGCCAUGCAGCUGCUGCUGUUCAGACAGUCGUGAGUUUCUGACAGGCCAGGCUCCUGUUGUAAUGGGUGAAAUGAAACAAUGUCUUAGAAUAAAAAAAACAGUUUGCGCAACCAAUGGAUUAUUUUCCUGUGGUUGUCCAUUCACCCUGUUACUAAUAAAUCGCUUUAGUGUGUCGCUCUUCAAAGAUGUUUCCUCUAUGAGAUAAGGAAACUUGUAUGAGCAGUAAUGUGGUUUUGCUAGUUAUGUGCUUCAUUUGUGUUUUAAAUAUAAGAAAAAUCUGUACCAUGAUCAGAGAGUUGUCUGAAAAUUCUGUACCUCUCUGUAUGUGAUGAUGUGAGGCAUAAGUUAAAUGUCUUUACUGCCCCAGGUCCUGUCAUUUUUAAGAACUCAGCAAUGCAGUGGUGUUUGUAAUGAUAUUACCAUAGCAAUUGUGGUAAAAAGCAUAAUUGUUCUAAGUCAUGCAUUCGCCUACUUGGUAUUUUUCAGCCAAGAAAAACGUUUUAAUAUGGUUUAGUUUUAGUAGCAGUCUAUAUUCUGCUAGUAGCACGCUAUUCGGUUGUUUGUUAUAUUGAUCUUUGUAUAUCUUUCUGACUAUUGGCCUUACUGAAGUGGCUGAAGGGUUGUCAUCACUGGUUAUGCUGAACAGUAAGGUGUUAUGUUACAUUAUGAAAGACAGAUUGCUACUGUUUAUAUUUAAUUAUUCCCUUAAACCAAUGAGAUCUGACUUGUGUUCUUAACUGUAAACUACCUUCAAAGCAAUGCCCAAGACUGCUUUUCUCGAUAAUCAUCUAAUUACAGAUGUUCUUUCAGUAAAGUUUUAAUGUGAUAAGAAAUAUUAACUUAAAUUCUUAACUCUGUCAUGUGAUAAUACUUCAGUCUAUGCUACUUAAACUGAGCCAGUGAGAGGUUUCUUUUCAGUAAACCGGACAGUGUUAGCUGGUUGUAUUUCUUGGUCUGCUAUGGAAGAAGUGUAUGUAUGAUAAACAGUCAUACAUAAUCACAUAUAAUGUAAUUUUUUACACCAAGCAAAAUGCCUACUCCAUCAUAAAGCCAUCAGUAGCCUUACAUACAUGAUUCUUCACUUGAUCCACACAGGUUAACAUUUACAAGAUUGUAAUGUUAGGUCUACUUAUAGACCAUAUUUGCUAUGGAUAUAUCUGUAAAAUUAAUUUUGAGAAUAUGAGAGUUUUUAAUGUUUGUGAUCUUCAGAGAAUUGCUAUCUGAUCAAUAGAUUAAAUAUCAUUUUGUUACGGCUUUAUAAUUCAGGAAACUUCAAAAAAACCCAAAAUAAAGCACAAAAUUAUGCUCAGGUGAUAAUGCUGAGUAACUUCUUUCUUCUGCAGUGCAGUGAAUGGGGAGAAUAAUAAUUACUUCCUUUUGCCUGUAAUGAAAAAGUCUAUAUCUAUAUUGUAUGAAUUUCUAUUUGAUUUUUUUUUCUUUUUAGCUAUAGCUUGAAUUAAAGUGGACUGCAGCUCCUGAAGUCUCACAAUGAAUCCUCUUACCUUUUGAAGUGUAACAGGACUCCUUUUUUCUACUUACUAAUUAUUCCAUGGGAUGUAGUUGGCAGAUGUUAACAGAAAAAAUAUACAACUUUAAGGUUCUGUGCCUCCUCAGAUUGUUCUUGGUCUCAAAUUAUUUUUUGCAGCAGUCACUGUACUGCAGCAUCUAAGUUAAUUUACAUUUUUCUGAUUUAGUAAUGUUUCAUAUACCUUUAUUAUCAUCUGAGGCUCUCGAGAUAUUAAUAGAGGGCUGAAAGUACUCCCACUGUCCCAGAGUUAUGUAGUCCCACCCACAGAUGAGGACUCCAGGAAGUAAUGUCAGGGAUUGCUUUUGGUGAUGUGGCAAAAAUGUGUCUGUUUAGAAUCCAUUUUAUUUUGUUUGGUUUAUAUCUUGAAGUGCACCGUAAAACUUAGUUGAGCUUAACUGAAAAGAAAAAUAAAGAUCUUAAAUGGGUAGCAGAAGCAUGUACUGAAAGAUAAUUCCCUUGGUUAAUUUUUUUUUUACCUGAGUUCAGAAUUCUGGCCCUCUUAUUAUAUAGUUUUGCUCAUGCAUAAAACUGUUCUGUGACUGCUAAGCUGUUCGUGUUCAAGAGAGAUAAACUCACUGAAUAAUUCUAGCAGUGGGCAGUGUUUUGGUUUAGGUACUUACAGUAGAGUUUUUUUGUCUGUAACCACUGGUGUACAGAGUCCUGAACUUAAACUUCUUCACUGUCUAGUUACUCAGUAUUUAAAAAUCCUAAGCAGCUUUAAAAAAAAAAAAUAUUUAUUUUGGUUUUGUUCUUUGCCUUUAGAAACUGAGGUGACAGGAGGGUGGUGCUGCAGUUCAUAUCUCAAUGCUUAGAUGUUAUAACUCAGCUCCUGCCUUAUCAAGGUGAAGAUGUCUAACAAGGCUCAUUCCUGCAUUUCUCAACCAUGUCAGAAGGGGACAGUAUUGGUGAGUCUGUGCAUGGAAAGCCUUCUGUGGUCUAUAGAUUUUUCUCAAGACUUGGACAGAUCUACCAAUCCUGGUUAGACAAAUCUACUCCAUAUACUGCAGUGCGAUGGAUUGUAACUUUGGGUCUGAGUUUUAUCUACAUGAUUAGAGUUUAUUUACUGCAGGGUUGGUACAUUGUGACAUAUGCCUUGGGAAUCUACCAUCUAAAUCUCUUCAUAGCUUUCUUGUCGCCAAAGGUAGACCCCUCUUUAAUGGAAGAUUCAGAUGAUGGUCCUUCCUUACCUACAAGGCAAAAUGAAGAAUUUCGGCCUUUCAUUAGAAGGCUCCCAGAGUUUAAAUUCUGGCACUCUGCCACUAAAGGAAUCCUGGUUGCUAUGGCGUGUACAUUCUUCGAGGCUUUCAACGUUCCUGUUUUUUGGCCAAUCCUUGUGAUGUACUUCAUUAUGCUAUUUUGUAUCACUAUGAAGAGGCAAAUCAAGCACAUGAUAAAGUACAGAUAUAUACCCUUCACACAUGGCAAGAGGAAAUACAAAGGGAAAGAAGAUGUGGGAAAGACCUUUGCUAGCUAGAAGACGCAAUCAACCUGUUGACCAAUUCUACUUCUAACUAAAGGAACGAUUUUGAGCCAUUGUAACAAUGCCUUUUUUCUUCAUAAAAAAUGAUUAAGGA